AUGAGUGCAGACGGAAAAAAGGAACCCCCUCCCUACAUCAUACCAGUAGAAAGUCAAGGUGAUGGCGUGAGAGUUUACCACCCCCACACUCCUUUCACCCCACCCCCCAUGCAGACACAGCAAUCGUCUGCCUCUGUCACGCCAGUGUACACCAGCGGAGGGGGAGGCGCGGGUCAAGGUUUGGACUCUGGAGAAGGCAGAAAAAAGUUUGUAAGCUACGACAUGGGACUGGGGACUGAGCCCGGCAUGACGACCUGCGCUUCCUGCCAGCAACAGGUUAUGACCAAUGUCACCUACAAGGCAGGAACGUACGCCUGGCUCAUGUGCUUACUCUUCAUUUGCUGUGGGUUAGUCCUUUGCUGCUGCCUGAUUCCGUUCUUCAUGAAGAGAUUCAAGGAUGCUUACCACACCUGCCCACGCUGCAACAGAGUGCUGCAUGUUGAGAAGAGGAAAUGCUGUAAAUGA